AUAGUAAAAUAUAGUAAAAUAUAGUAAAAUAUAUAUGGUAUGCUCGGCCGCACUAUAAUAAAUGCUUCGGCCGCACAAAACCUCCAGUAUCUGAUAACCAUACUAACAGAGACGACUCUACCACCAUGAGUUUCAAUCUACCGAACCCUAGCUUAGUAGGUAUACUUCUUAUCAUAUCUACUCAUAGUGGACCCCAAUUAAUUUAUCAGUAUCCCGAGAAUUUAUCCAAGGACGACAAGAACACUAACACCACCAACGAUAUCGAUAAUAGCUCCGAUGAGGAAUUGGCAGACUACGAUGACUCAGUCGUAGUGGAUGCUGAAGGAGAUGAGUCAGAAUAUACUCAUGGUAAUACUCAUGGAAGUUUACCAGCUUUACACCAUCAACAACUCCCACAACAACAGCAAUCAGAUAAUUCGGCCAUCUACUUCAAUGAUCCGAAUGCUGAUAAUCUCGGAUCCGAGUACAAAUCCGGCAAUUACCUCUACUAUCAAUGGGAUGCCGAUAACUUGAAUUUUCAUAUGCAUAAUACAAAGGAUAUUCUUACGUUUCUCGAUGAAUUGGAACAGAAGCGAGAUGAAAAGUUUAAGAAGAGCCAGACGCCAACUAAAGCCGCAGUCAAUCCCAAAGUUCGAGCCCAGCAGGCAUUGACCAAGACGGAAUCCAAUGUUCCUAGUAUUCCAUCUACUGCCAAUACUUCAUUAGCAGCUGGUGGUAAUACCAAUUCUAUCUUUGGAAUUGAACCUAGCUAUAUUUGUGAGAUGUUGGCACCUCCCAAGAGUAUGUGCAACACUCGAUUCGAAGUUAUGAUAGAUAACAAAUUGUUUCUUGGACUACCAAUUCAUCGGUAUGAUAAUGGAAAGUGGCGGAUGAAGGAGUCUCAUCCGAAGAAACAUCGGAAUAAGAAGGACAAGGACAAGGACAUUGAUAACGAUCAGAACGAGAAUGAUACCAAUGGAGAUCAAGACAUGCCCAAGUCGAAGCUCAAUAUGAAUAUGUUCCACUUGGUAUUCAUUAUGAAUCCACCCAUCAUCGAACACAACUACAGAAUUGAUGAGAUGUUCCAUUUUGUCAUUUCUAAAUUGACAUUGGUGCUCCGUUACGAACAGCUGAAGUCAGAGUUCAUUUCGUCUGAGAUACGAUCUAUCUUAAACAUUAAGGAACAGUAUAAGGAUAUGAGUAGUGAGACUCUAUCCAGUCAAUUGUUAUCUAAAUCAUCUCUCUGUAGAAUGAUCCAUGAUUGCUAUGAUGCCAUCUCUCAAUCGAAGAUUGCCAACUUAUCUAUCAACAAUAAGUUGCGAUCAUUCCAGAUCCCCAUUAAGACAGAAUUCCAUUCGUUACCGGAAUCUUCAGUACCAUUUAUUCCAGGCUCACAUCUCUCAUCAACUGUCAAUUUACUUGGUAAUACAGGACUUAUCAGUAUAGGAGAAACUACAAGGUAUGGGAGUCAGUAUAAUAGUUUUAAUAAUCAAGCCAAUCCCAGUCUGCAACAACAACUGCAACUGCAACCUCAACAAGAGGAAGAUGAUGAAACAGAUGCUAGUGAAGAUGUAAUCUAUUUUGCCUUAAUCUUAUUAGAUGACCCUGAAUCUAUAAUAAGAGAUAUUAAAACAGAACCUCAGAGUCCAUUAGCCAAUUUCAUACGGAUGAUAAAUCCAACAGAAUCACUCAUAAAGUUAUCCCUUCGGAAUUCCAAUUCGUUGGAUAUCCUUCAGAUCAAAUCAUUUGCAUUCCAUUUAAUCUAUUGGCGUCGAGCUCGAGUCAUUCAACCACUUAGUACAAGAGCUGCCUAUAUAGUUAGUCCUAUGGCACCUAUAACCAUUAAUUUAUUUGAAGAUAUUGCUAAAUUUAAGAAGCUCUUCCCCACAUUACCAGCUUUACCUCAAUUCCUUCAAUUAUUAAGUCCUCAAUCUAAAAAGCCCACUCAAUUUGCUGCCAUAAUCCCAUCUAAGGAUCAUCGUGAUAUCUACUUAGAAGCUCUAGGCUGGUUGGUACGAUACGGAUAUGUGACACAGCUUCAAACGUUUAUUUGGCUCAAGAUCUCUCGUAAGAUAAAGAUCAAAGUAGAUGAAGAUUUAGAGAAUGAGAGUUCUGAUAAGAAACGUUCAAGUAUAUCCAGUUUGAAGGCCACUAAGAGUGGGAAUGGAAAUGGGAAUGUGAUUAGUGGUACGGAUAAUACUUCCAAGACUAAUACUAAUCCUGAUAAUUCCAAAAGUGAUCCUAGUAAGGGAAUUACUAAUGAUAUCACUAAAACUACAGAUACAUCAUCUAAGGAAAUUGAUAUAAUUAAGGAAAGACUCCAAUCUAGUUAUUUAGGGGGACCUAAAGUGAUCUUAGAGGAUGAAGAUGAUACUAUCAUUCUUGAUCCUGGUAGAGCUACUACACUUGAAAGAAGAUGGAUUAAUAAAAUUGUUCAUGAUGAGUGUCAAUUGUCACCAGAAUUGAUUAAGAUCUUUUAUAAACUUGUUAAGUAUAUGAAUGGUAAGAGCCCCCUUGAGUUGUUGUUGCUUAAGGAGAAUAUUUCACGGGCUGAGUUGCGUAAGUUACUCUUUGCCAUAGAGGAUCAUAUAAUCUCCGUUAGGCAUUGGUAGGUAUAGGUCCAGUAGCAUAGUGUAGUAUAAUAUUAUAAUAAUAGCUGCCGAUAGAAUGUAUAUAGUUAAGAUUCACUCUAAGAUAUUCUCACUAAGUACUGCACUCUUGUAAGUACACCGUAUACUCAUAAUAUACACCAUCAU